UUUUGUUUGGAAAGGUCUUAUGUGUGGUUUGUGCAGUUGUUGUUAUCCUCACACAACUAUGGGUGGUGUUUAAUUCACAAACAAAAGAAAAAGAAACAAAUGAUGUUUUGCUAAAACUUUGUAAUAUAUUUGAAAAACUCAAUGUACAGUUAGUGUUGUUUGACUCUGACAUUCUCCAAGCAAUGGGAAAAGAUAGCCAACAUCUUGUAAGCUUGAAGCUGCUUCAAUCUAACAGUAAAGCGACAUUGAUGACAUUUGGAGUAUUAGGCAGCGAGUUUAUGGCACAGAAGGAAGCAACUAUGAAAGAAAUCGAAGAGAUUUUUCUAUUAAAUUAUAUAAGUCUUGUGCAAGAUCGAAGAGAAAAUAUUCCAAUUCAAAUUCCUGGCCACUUAUGGAUUGUUGAUAAUCACCACAUAAUUCAUAUUAUGAUGUCACAUAAGCGAGGAAAUGGCUACCUUUGGAUUGCUCCAAUAAGUAAUAUUGAAUGGGGCAAAAUAAUUGAAGUUUUAAACCCUUUCGUUGAAGGGGGCAUUCUUGGAUUUGGAGCCAAAAUUCGAAGAUAUGCUCAAGCUGUUGAUAGCAAUGUGUUUGAAACUGCUUUAACUCUUCCAUUUUACGAUAGCAAAUUAUUCAUUCCAUUCGAAACAACUUCAUUUUUGGAGGAUUUAAAAAGUUCAGAGUUUAUAGAAUGCAACCACAUGCGAGCAGACAACUUCAAACAGAAAUACGAACAGAACAUCACAGAGAAAGAUGUAAAAUACAUUUUAACCUCUAAGCGUAUUCUAACAACAGCUUCAAAGGUGUUCAAUGAACUGAAGAUACCAUUCACAUUAAGUUCGGGUAAUUUGUUAGGUUGGUUUAGACAAUGUGAUGUCAUACCUUACGCAAAAGAUGUCGAUAUUGAAGUCAAAAUUACUGAUUUUUCGAUGAAACUUAUUGAAAAUUUAAUUCUUCAUAAAUUUAUUCUACAUCAUAAAUCGGGACGCUUACUUGACUCUCUUGUGCUUGCAUUCUACAGGGAUGGUGUCAAACUGGAUUUGUAUUUCGUCUAUGAAGAAAUAGACAAGUUUUGGUCAGGUUUUACCGGGGCAAAUGGAGCAAAGUACAAACUGUCUCAGCCUAAGUAUUCAAACUGCUGGGGUGAUCUACUGGGUUUGAAAGUGCGUGUACCGUGUGAUACUUUGACAUAUAUAACUACACAAUAUGGUAGUGAAUGGGCUGUGCCUAUUAAGAAUUAUCACUGGAUAACAUCACCCAGAAAUAUAGUGGAGAAUGGCAAAUGGGAUGGUACGGCAUUUAAUCCAGUGAUAUUUGAUCCAAUUAACUCAACGAAUCAAAUAGCCGUGUUUAAUAUUUUAAAGAAAGAAGUAGAAGAAAUGCUUUGAAUUUUAAAAGAAUGUUUUGUAAUUUUUUCUCUUCCAUUCUGUAUGAAUAGGAAUCCUUGAGAAACUAGGAUUUAGCCAAGGUUUGGCCUAUCACCCCAACACCUGGUCCCAGAAUAACUUUUUAAUGCAAUGGAAAGUGAAGUUCCGACUCCCAAGCAUUGUAAUCAUAAUGCUGUUGCUUUGUUUAAUAAUUACUUAUAUAUUUCCUUAUAUACAGUGUUCACCAAUGUGUUGUUUAUGCUAUUUGUAUUUAUACUGUAUGUGUUUUUUCAAACCAGUUGUAUUAUAAGUUUGAAAGGCUUUUAACAUAACCAAAAAUAAAUAAAUCAGAAAAUCUUUUUCCCACUUCUUA